AUGUAUAAUGGAAUACUAAUUGAAAAAAAAAAAACAUACAUGAAAAAUGCUAAAGUUGAAUCGUAACCUUAGAAUUCAAGUUGGGUAAAUGGGUAUUUUCCGGUCAAACAUCCCUAAUAAAUAUAUUAUCAGCAAUUUGUGAUGAAGGCAAUAAAUAAAUGGUAGAAUACAUAAAAGAUCACAAUAACUUGUAUUCUUGCAGAAUAAGCAUGUUUUAAGAAUAAUAGUUUGUGAAAGUAUGAGAAAUUUAUCAUAUAUUGUAUUUUUUUUAUGAGCACAUAUUGUAGACUUGUAGUAGUUAUUGCACCAAAAUCAUCAUCUUGCUCCGUUCGCUGCCCCCCUAACCAGCCAUGUUUUUUUUAUAACCAAGUUGAUUUGAUUACCUAUUUAAUGAACUAAUUUUUCCACCUAAAUAAUAAAAAAUGUAAGAUGUAUUUCGAAAAUGAAAGGAUCACUAGUGGUUAUUGAACAACAAGGGCCAGACACUUUUAGACAUUGGGCUUUAUCGAACAAAAUGGAGUGUGAGCGUAUGGGGUUAUUUGUUGCACGUAAAAACCGUUGCAUCAUUAUUUAUUAAUUUAUGAUUGUUAUUAUUAUUAUAUGUUGAAGUAGAUUAUCGUUUUAUGUGAAAAUUUUCUAUCAGGAUUACUAACAGAACACAGCAGAUUUGUUGUUGGGAGAAGUCGACUUCAACGUAAGAUGGUUGGCAUUGAUGAUAUACCCGAUGCCAUUCUUUGCAAUAUAUUCUCCCGACUACCAGCGGAGCCAAUGGGGCGGUGUAGAUGUGUAUCUAUGCAUUGGAAUAGGCUGAUUUCAGAUCCUUCUUUUAUGAUGUCAAGAUCAUCAAGGAUCUUUGUAAGUUGUAGCGGGCCAGAGUCAUCUACUCCUAUAUCUAUUAGUAUGUUAGACGAAAGUAAUGGUUCAGUUACACAUUCAGAUUUUUCGAUGUUCAAGGAGAUUCCCACUAUUAAAAACUGGGCUGAUAGAACUAUAGAAUUUAUCGGAACAUUCAGUGGAAUUAUUAUAUUGUCCGUUAGGGAUUAUAUUGGGUGGGAUUCGGAAUUAAAUAGCUUUAUGGAAGAGCGUAUGAUCUUGUACAAUCCGUUUACCGGUGUAUAUGAGAUAUUUCAAGAUCCUUAUUCCCCUUUACCCGGUGACGCGCUUGCAUAUGGAUUUGGUUAUGGUGCAACCCCAGAUGAGUUGAAACUUAUUAGGUUGAGAAACUUUAAACUUUCGAACAGAAAUUACGAUACUUGUGAUGUAUUCAAUCUUAAAACACGUUCUUGGAGCCAGCAAGAACUCAUUCAGAAUAGUCAAUUGCAAAUGUUUGCGGGUACCAUAGGCACUUUUCUUAGAGGAUAUUUGUAUUGGAUGGGUUCAUUGAAUAUGGUGGCACUUAAUGUUGACAAGAUGGUGUUUUCAAAGAUGCAGCUACCAGAUUCGGCUAUCAAUCAAUAUAAUCAUUUGGGUACGCGUCAAGGAUGCCUAUGGAUGAUCACCCACACCUUCGAUACUACUAAGUAUGAUGUGUGGGUAAAGAAUGAGCAAGGCGUUGAUAACUUAUGGUCAAAACGAUGUUCGUUCACAUUAGGUCUGGAACUCAAGUCUUAUUUUGCCUUUGAUCGAAAUAUCAAAAUUACCGAGGAUGGAAGAUUUGUAAUGAAUGUGUUAAUGGAUGAUGCAGAACAAUUGAUUAUCUAUGAUACAUCAAAACAGUCGUAUGAACUGCUAAAAAGUUCCACGAGUUUUCUAAGGAGCCUGAAAUACAAGGAGAGUCUCAUACAUCCUAGGAAUAUAUGCCAUGCUUGAUAUCUCUUCUUGACAGUUAUCAUAUACGUAUCCAAGGUCUUUAUUGUUGCUGAAUUAGUUUUGCUGCUUAUUCACAGUUUGCUUUUGUUUUGCUGUCAUGGAUGUUGGUCUGCUUAUUUCACAGCUAGAGAUUGCGAAGUUGCUAGCUCCUCAUUGAUUUCACACUUGACGGGCAAUUUGAGAUGGCUAUAUCUAAUGACUUGUGCUGAUAUUUAGGCUUACUUGUCUGGAUGGAUAUAGGUAGUUUGCUGCUUUUUAUAGUUUAGUUCAGAUUGCGACAUUUAGAAUUGGUUUCGUUUUACCAGACGUUUCUAUUCUAGUAAUGAAGUUUAUAAAGGAUUCCCUGUGUAUUUAUUUUCGGUACGUGAAAGGUAUGAUCUUAUUGAUCU